AUGACACCAAGUGGAAAUAAAGUUCGCAACAAUAGCAUCUCCGCCUACGGAAAUGCUCGCUCGACAGUCAACGGAAACCGUCUUGAUGCGGAGGAUGUUCGCAAGAUGAACGCAUACUUUCAGGCUAGCUUGUACCUAUGCCUGGGCAUGCUCUAUCUCCGUGACAAUCCAUUACUCAAGGAGCCUCUCACACUGGAACAUCUCAAAGCUCGACUCCUGGGACACUGGGGAUCAGACGCCGGCCAAUCCUUUACGUGGACUCAUAUGAACCGCCUGAUUAAAAAGUAUGAGUUGAAUGUUCUUUUCAUAUCCGGUCCCGGGCACGGCGCUCCUGGAAUUUUAUCACAGUCGUACCUCGAGGGUGUGUACUCUGAGGUCUAUCCGGAUAAAAGUGAAGAUAUGGAAGGAAUGCGAAGAUUCUUCAAGCAGUUCUCAUUUCCGGGCGGUAUUGGCAGCCAUGCGACCCCUGAGACGCCCGGCAGUAUCCACGAGGGUGGUGAAUUGGGAUAUUCUAUCUCGCACGCUUUCGGGACAGUCUUCGAUCAUCCCAACCUCAUAACGUUGGUAAUGGUGGGAGACGGUGAGUCGGAAACGGGCCCCCUUGCGACCAGCUGGCACAGCACGAAAUUUCUUAACCCAUGCACCGAUGGAGCGGUCCUUCCCGUUCUCCACCUUAAUGGAUACAAGAUCAACAACCCGACAAUUCUUGCACGGAUCAGCCGUGACGAAUUGUCAUCAGUGUUCGUUGGUUAUGGAUGGAGACCAUAUUUCGUUGAAGGAAGUGAUUUGGACAGCAUGCACCAGGCCAUGGCCGCUACGCUUGAGCAAUGUGUCUUGGAUAUCAAGAGGUACCAGGAGGUAGCUCGGGAUUCUAUAGGGGCUUUUCGACCAAAGUGGCCAAUGGUAGUUCUCCGUACUCCCAAGGGGUGGACCGCACCAAGGAAGGUCGAUGGAAGGUUCCUGGAGGGUUUCUGGCGUGCCCACCAGAUCCCAAUUACCGAUGUCGCUACGAAUUCAUCCCACUUGAAGCUGCUGGAGAAAUGGAUGAAGGGUUACAAGCCGGAAGAGCUUUUUGACCAAGACGGAAAGCUCGUACCUGAAUUGAAGGCACUUGCCCCAGUGGGCAAAUCGCGGAUGAGUGCUAAUCCAAUUGGAAAUGGCGGUCUUCUUCGUAGACCACUGAAUUUGACAGACUUCCGAGAUUAUGCCCUGCACGGCAUUGACCCGGGUGUUUCAAUCAAAGGAAGCAUGGUGAACAUGUCGAAUUUUCUUCGUGAUACUGUCGCCAAGAAUAUGACUAGCUUUCGGGUCUUUGGUCCUGACGAAACCGAGUCCAAUAAUCUGUCUCGAAUAUAUGCCGCAGGUAAGAAAGUCUGGAUGGGGGAUUACUUUGAAGAAGAUAAAGAUGGAGGAAACAUGGCCACUGAAGGCCGGGUGAUGGAGAUGCUCAGUGAACACACUUGUGAAGGGUGGCUGGAGGGCUACAUUCUCUCUGGGAGGCACGGCCUACUAAACAGCUAUGAAGCUUUCAUCCAUGUCAUUGAUUCUAUGGUUAACCAGCACUGCAAGUGGAUAGAGAAAUGUCUUGAGGUAGAAUGGCGUGCAAAGGUCGCGUCUCUCAAUAUCCUCAUCACCGCCACCGUCUGGAGACAAGACCAUAAUGGCUUCACCCAUCAGGACCCCGGCUUCCUAGACGUUGUGGCCAAUAAAAGUCCGGAAGUGGUCAGGAUCUAUCUGCCGCCAGACGGGAACACACUUCUCUCCGUUAUGGACCAUUGCCUCCGCAGUGUGAAUUAUGUCAACGUGAUAGUGGCCGACAAGCAGGAUCACCUCCAAUUUCUCGGAAUGGAGGAGGCUAUUAAACACUGCACAAAGGGCCUUGGAAUCUGGGACUGGGCCAGUAACGACCAAGGCCAGGACCCCCAUCUAGUGAUCGCGUCUUGCGGUGAUGUCCCAACGUAUGAAGCGCUGGCUGCCACCGCUAUCCUACGUGAACAUAUGUCGUAUCUAAAAAUCCGCUUCGUUAAUGUAGUGGACCUCUUUCGGCUGAUUUCCAAAGCCAAUCAUCCGCACGGCAUGUCCGAUCAACAGUGGAAGGCCAUUUUUACUGAAGAAAAACCUAUUAUCUUCAACUUCCACUCGUAUCCCUGGCUCGUUCACCGUCUCACAUACAACCGUCCUGGGCAGAGCAACUUACAUGUCCGGGGCUAUAAAGAGAAAGGCAAUAUUGACACCCCUUUCGAAUUGGCUAUGCGCAACCAGACCGAUAGAUACAGCCUUGCCAUCGAUGCAAUCGACUUGAUCGAAUUCUCAGGGAAUAGAACAUCUCAUGUUCGAGAAAAGCUGAUCAAUAUUCAGCUUGCUGCGAAGAUGGAAGCUUGCAGCAACGGUAUCGAUCCAGAACAUAUUCGGAAUUGGACCUGGCCCUAUUCCAAAACUUAG